AUUGCAGCAAUUGGUUUCCUAAAGCGGACGAAAAAAAUUGGACAUCGGAAAAUAAAAUGAUUUUCGAUUUUUCGACCCCAUAAUUCGAAUGUUUGUAUAAGCAAGAACUGCAACAAUAAUAAUGACUAAUGAAAUUGAGUUAGGUGUCACUGCUGACUUACAUGUUCACCUUCGUGAAGGUGACAUGAAGGAUUUGAUAGUUCCGACAGUCAAACAAGGUGGGAUCUCGAUUGUUUAUGUGAUGCCCAAUUUAUCUCCACCUAUCACAACGAUUGAAAGAGUCAGGCAAUACAAAUCUGAAUUGGAAGCUCUAGAUAAAGAAACUAUAUUUCUUAUGAGUUUCUACUUACACUCACUGUUAACACCAGAGUUGGUAAGAGAAGCUGGUGAAAAAGGAUUAAUCCAUGGUAUAAAGUGUUAUCCUGCUGGUGUUACAACUAAUUCUAAAGAGGGUGUCGAUCCUAAUGAUUUUUCCAAGUUUUAUGAAGUUUUUGAGGUUAUGCAAAGUUUAGGAUUGGUUUUAAAUAUUCAUGGUGAAAAACCGGGUCAUUCUCAUGGAACAGAAGAUGAAUUCAAACCAAGAAAUGAAGAAGAAGAUAUUAAUAUUUUGAAUGCAGAGAAGAAGUUCUUACCUGCUUUGAAGAAGCUUCACGAAGAUUUUCCAAAAUUAAAGAUUGUAUUAGAACAUUGUACUACAUCUGAUUCUGUUGCACUCAUUCGUGAAUUAAAUAAAGGUAAAGCUGUUGGUGAUGAAAUCUUUGUAGGUGCCACUAUCACUGCUCAUCAUCUAUUUCUCACCAUCGAUCAGUGGGCUGGUAAUCCAAUUAAUUACUGUAAACCGGUUGCUAAAUUUCAUGACGAUAAAUUAAGUUUAGUUGGGGCUGCUACGUCAGGAGAACCAUGGUUCUUCUUUGGUAGUGACUCUGCUCCACACCCAAUUGAAUUAAAGUGUGUUUAUCAAAAUGUAUGUGCUGGAGUAUUCACCCAGUCUCAUGCAGUUGGAUAUUUAGCCGAGGUUUUUGAUAAAGUUGGAAAAUUGAGCAAUUUGAUUAAAUUUGUUAGCAACAAUGGAAUAAAAUUUUAUAAUGUGGCUAGUAACAAACAUGUGGGAGCUAAAUACGAAGAAUUGAAAUCGAAUGGUAAAAAAGUUUGGUUAAUUAAGAGGAAGAAUGAUGUUCCAAAAGUCAUAGGAAAUUCUAAAGUUACAGUUGUACCAUUCAAAGCUGGUGAACAAUUAGAAUGGACAAUUGAGUGGAGAUAAUCGAAGGUUAAUUAAAUAAAUAUAGUUGUCUAAUCUAUAGUCUAAAUUAAAAGAUCUGAAUGUACAUACAAAACACGAACACAUACAGAUGAGAUGUAUGCAUUUAAAUUGUGAAUUCAUUUGCAAUAUAGAUCGUCGUCAAGAAGUUCACGGUCCAGCGGCGAAUACAAUGGCCAAUGUUUCGCCAAUGUGACAACGUUUUUCUGGCUUUGUUUUAAGCACAACUUACAACGAAUGCACGUAUACGAAAGAGAUAUUUGAAAGAUUUAACCGCACAAGCAACUUACGCGCAAUUCUUAUACGGAGUGUAACGAUUAAGCACUUACGAAUAGGCAAAACGCAUCACAGGGUAAGCGACUACAACACGUUGCUGAUCUUUAAAGAAAAAAAAGUUGGUGGCUAUUUACCGAAACAGGAAACAUAAAGCACUGUUGACGUAGAUAUAUAAUUGCGUUUAAACGCCAUAA